AUGAAGGAUAGACCAUACACCAGGAGAGGCAUACUAUCUGUUGUAGCUUCAGUAUAUGGCCCAUUGGGACUCGUCACACUGUUCAUACUACCUGCCAAGCUCCAGCUUCAGGACAUGUGCCGUGAGCAGUUGAAUUGGGAUGACAACAUUGGAGAAGCAGAAGUGGUGAAGUGGAAGUCUUGGUGUGAUCAGCUUUCUCUCCUAGAGACCAUGAAGGUAGAUCACUCCUAUGUUCCAGAUUACUUUGGACCAGUCCAGACCUUUCAGCUUCACCACUUCGCUGAUGCAAGCCAGUUGGGAUAUAGUACGGCGUCUUAUCUAUGA